AAGUUACCAGACUAUCGAUAGUAUCGUCGAUAGUUUGACAGCUCUACUUCGCAGACAUCGAUGCAUCAUUCGCAACUCUAUUUCCAAAACAAUUUACUGCCGCAAUUACCAUAAACAAAUAACACAGUUUCUUAAAUAUAUAAAUGUAAAUUUAUAAGACUUGGCGAAAUUAUUUUAGAAUUGGAGUUGGCGCUGUAGCCUGAGAGCUGGCCAAAUAAAUCUUCUGCCUGUCAUACAGCUCAGAAAUAUAUGGCAGCUACUACAGUGCAAAAGUUUCAUUGUGGCGAAGUAUUCGUUUCCGCCAAUCUUUGCGUGACCGUUGAGUGUAAGUGGUGCAAUGAAAAAUUUGGUGUCUAUAGUAAAUUUUUGGAUCAUAUAUUUGGAGAACACUUCGAUGAUUGGAAUUCAGCAGAAGAAACAAAGCGCCAACUUCCAAAUAAAGUGGAAACUGUUACCGACGAGGAUUUUACUGAGUCUCCCAAUGAAAUUCAAUAUAUAGAAAUUGAACCCAUUAGUUUGAACGAAUAUUCUUUCGAAGGUGACGAACAAGAGGAGGAUUUCAUAACAGAAAAGCUAGCGCCAAUGGAUGAUGACGCGAUAAAUGUUUCAGAAAAUAUAACCGAGGAGCAAGAGGAGAAGCGUACUCCUAAAACUUCGCAACCCACUUGGCGACCGGUGCGAGUAUUUGCGACUUAUAAAAAUUCGACAGCCAUCGCGGACAAACGAAAAUAUAAAUGUAAAAUAUGCGGCUUCGCUGUAACUGACAUUCACAACUUACGCGGCCAUGAGAAACGACACAGUAAUAUAAAGCCUUACACUUGCCUAAAAUGUGACAAAGCAUUCUAUACGCGCACGGAAUUGAACACGCAUACUAGACGGCACAAUGGCGAAAAGCCUUUUGUCUGUUCAUAUUGCGGUAAAAGUUUUAUAACCGCUGCAAUAUUAACUAGACAUGAAAAACGGCAUCUUGGCAAGAGGGAACAUAAAUGUGAUCAAUGUGAGAAGAGCUUCUUUGAUGGUUUUCAGCUUCGAGAUCACGCUGUUGUGCAUACCCAGGAACGUAAUUAUGAGUGCGAGACAUGCAAAGCCAAGUUUACUCGCAAAAAAACGCUCAAGACACAUAUGAAAUUGCAUGAAAAUGCGUUAGGCUAUCAAUGUAUCAUCUGCCAUAUGCGUUUCAACCAGCGACCUACGUUGCUUUGGCAUGUGAAGACUAAACAUAGCGUACUGCGGUCAGAUGCAGAAAGCAAAGACUCAAUUACGGCUACUGAUUCUAUCGGAGAAUCUAACGAGUCGCUUUGUUCCGUGUUGCGUGAAACUGCGUUAGGCUAUGAAUGUAUCAUCUGCCAUAUGCGUUUCAACCAGCGACCUACGUUGCUUUGGCAUGUGAAGACUAAACAUAGCGUACUGCGUGCAGAUACAAAAAGCAAAGACUCAAUUACAGCUACAGAGAAUCUUACGAUCAAAUUAAUUUGUAAUUGCAUGCGAUCCGGACGAGUAACAAAUAAUUAUUUUCCAAUGGACCACGUAUCUGGAGAACACUUCGAGUAUUUAAAUAGACCAAAAAAAACUAAGCGCCAGCAUCAUAAGCAAGUGGCAACUGUUACUGAGGAGGAAUUCACUGAGUCUCCCAGAGGUAUUGAAUACAUAGAAAUUGAGCCCAUUAGUUGGAACGAAUAUUCCUUGAAAGGUGAGGAACAAGAGGAUUUGAUAACAGACGAUGACGCGGUGAAUGUUACAGUAAGUAUAACCGAUGAACAAAAGGAGGAGCCCACUCCUAAAACUUUGCAAACUUCUCGGCGCAAGUUGCGAGCUUUAGCGACUUAUAAAAACUCGACAGCUAUCGAGGGAAAACGAAAAUAUAAAUGUAGAAUAUGCGAGUACGCUGCAAAUGACAUUAGUAACUUGCGAGGCCAUGAGAAACGACACAGUAAUAUAAAGCCUUACGGGUGCCUAAAAUGUGACAAAGCAUUUUAUACGCGCACAGAUUUGAACAACCAUACCAGACGGCACAAUGGAGAAAAGCCUUUUAUCUGUUGUUAUUGCGGCAAUAGAUUUGUAACCGCUGGAAUAUUAAAUAAGCAUGAAAAAUGGCAUCUUGGCAAGAGGGAACAUAAAUGUGAUCAAUGUGAGAAGCGCUUCUUUCACGCAUCUCACCUGCGAAAUCACACGGUUGUGCACACCCAGGAACGCAAUUAUGAAUGCGAGACAUGUCAAGCCAAGUUCACCCUCAAGAGAUCGCUCGAGCUACAUAUGAAAUUACAUGAAAAUGCGUUAGCUUAUGAAUGUAUCAUCUGCCAUACGCGUUUCAACCAGCGAUGUACGUUGCGUUCGCAUAUGAAGACUAAACAUAAAGUACUGCGUGCGGAUGCCGAAAGCAAAAACUCUGUUACAGAUAUUGAUUCUAUCGGAGAAGCUUGAAAGUCAAAUUAAUUAGUAAUUAGUAAGCAUUUAUGGUAGCCUUGAUUAAAGAUUGUCGUAUGUUUUUCGACAAGUUUUUGGAAA